AUGUCAGGUCUUUGUUCACGUCGUGAAGCUGAAAGACGUAUACAAAAAGGUCAAGUAAGUGUAAAUGGUCAUUUCGUUGAUAAUGUAGCCAUGUCUGUGCCUCCUGAAGGAGAUAUGAUUAUGGUUGAUGGUCAAAUGGUGUCAACAUUACCACACACGAAAGUAUGGAUGGCUCAUAAAUUAAAAGGGGAACUUGUGACAACUAGUGAUCCAAAAGGUCGUGCAACUAUUUUUGAUCGUCUACGAGUCAUGGGACUUUUACAUCACAUGAUGCCAGUGGGACGACUUGAUUACAACACGGAAGGAUUACUGCUGUUUACGAAUAAUGGAGAGUAUGCAAGAACAUUGGAACAUCCCAAGACUAAAAUUGAUCGUGUCUAUCGAGCGCUUGUUCGUGGAAAUGUGACGGAAUCAAAAUUACAAGAAUUACAACGAGGACCUCUUGUGGAUGGAGUGAAAUAUCGACCUAUUCAAGUAGUAAUCCAGUCGACGGAUAAGAAAGAUUCAUGGUUACAGGUGAAAGUGACUGAAGGAAAGAAUCGAGAAGUUCGUAAAGCACUGGCUCAUGUGCGAUUAGUUGUGAAACAAUUGAUUCGUGUGCAAUUUGGACCAUAUCGUCUUGCUGAUCUUCCAUCUGGUGCUGUGUUGGAGGUACGUGCAAAGUCUCUGAAGAAAAACAAGGCAAAACCGUAA